AUGGUCUCCUUCAGUACUCUCAUGCUCGCCGCCGCGGCAUCCCUCGCCGCAGAGGCCACCAAUAUACCCCGUGGUGGCACAAGCACGACGCCAAUCUGGAACACACUACCAGAUACACCGGCUCUGCCCUUACCAAUCUCCAGCACCUUGUACCCUAUCAACGGCGUCAAUCUCUGGUUGCAAAAGUACAACGAGGUCAAGGGCCGCGUCCCCAUUGUCAUGUCGCACGGCGGCCUGGGCCACAGCGCCUACUUUGCCGCCGUGAUCCAGGAGCUCAUCAAAAGGGGCCACUACGUCAUCGCCAGCGAUCGUCGCGGCCACGGGCGCAGCACCUUCAACUCUGACGACAAGUUCACGUUCGACAUGUUUGCGCAGGACCAGGACGCGCUGCUCAAAGCCGUCGGCGUCACCAAGUACAUCUUUGUCGGUUGGUCCGACGGCGCCAUCCAGGGGCUGUCGGCACUUAUGAACCCUACCCUGGCGCAGCCGAUUCAAAAGGCGUUCCUCUUUGGCACCACCGCGAGUCCCAAUGACGAGAACCCGACCUUUAAGACCAACCCGAUCUUGUCCCAAUUUAUAACGCGCGUCGCGGCAGAGUACGCACAGCUGCAGCCCAGAGCAAACUUCAGGUUGUUCGGCACAAAGGUCAGCGAGCUGGAGGCCUCUUUGCCGAACUUCACCCCCGCCGACUUUGCAAAGGUCGACGGGACCAAGGUCACCCUGUGUGAGGCAGAACACGAGGAGGCGGUUAUCAAGGGCACCGGGCAAAAGAUCAGCCAGCUGAUCAGGGGGAGCAAGUUUGUCACGCUCCGGGGAGGCAGCCACUUUGCGCCAUUGCAGAUUCCGGGCAAGUUUGCUGAUGCCAUUGAGGCUUUCUUGAGGGCAUAA